CUCUCUCUCUCUCUCUCUCUCUUCCUGUCUCUCUUUCUCUCUCGUCGAGUUUAUACUUGGAGAAUUCUUAGCGGGAGUCGUCGAUCUAUUCGUCUCGUUAUAUUCCCAUAGACUUUUCUCAGUCGUCAAAAGAAUUCGUCAGUGCAUAAUCAGCCGGUCGUCGUAUCGCGCCUUUCCCAAUUGAGUGUCUCGAGCCAAAUAAUAAACAACAAUCGACCAUCAUACCAAAUAAACAAGUGCCUUUUCACUGCGGUUUUCACAAAUCCUUCGCAAAUGACGUAGCUGUUGUCAGAUCGAAGGAUAAAACUGGCUGCAGUCUCGUCCGUCAAUGUUUUGUUACGAGAACAUUGGAUCGUAACUUCAAACUCUUUGAAAUAUUCAUUAUUUCGUGAAGAAGGAACGAAACGGAGUGAGAGAGUUGGACAAAACCAGAGCAUGGACACGCUCAAGCCCAGAGUACCGGUCACUCCGACACCGCGCGUCGUUCCUCCAAAGAUAAAUCAUCAAUACUGAUGCAUCGAUGAGCUAUGAGUAAAGACAAAAAAUCGUCGUUCGCUCUCGCCUACAUCGUAAAUAAUAAACAAAUCGUCGUCCAUCGAUCAUAACGAACGAGAGAUUAAAUCAACACGCUAGAAAAAAUGGGGGUCGACGCUGACUUGACCAGCAUUAUUCGAGAAAUCGUGCAAUUUCUGGAAUCUCUCUGCGACGUGAAUCUCCCAUCGAAGUUGGAAAAUGCCCGGACGAAUUUAUUGCAAAGAUCGAAAACGAAGUUGUCGUCGAUGACAACGAGUGCUCGAGGCUCCGCGUCGCCGGAGCCCUAUCUCGACAUGAACGCCGGCAAAGGCUUCCUGUUGUUUCCGAGAAGAAAAAAUCGGGACGCGGAGAUAGAGGAAUACGUGGGCGUCGAAGAGCAAUUGGAGCCUCCCGAAGUGCCGUCUCAUCAAGAUUAUUACGAAACUUUUCAAGAAAUCAAUAGCAACGGGAAUGAAAAGGAGAACGAAGCCGAUGAGACUCGAGGGAAGAAUAAAUCGAGCGAAAAACUCCAAUCCGAGGAGGAUAUCGUGGAAGAAAAAUUGCGAGAUAUUUACAGGACCUUCACUGCAGCUAAGACGAUCAACAAAGCUUAUAAAUCUGGCGCACUGUACCAAAAAAUCGAGCGCAAACCUUUUGGUUUUGUUCGUGGGAAUACUCGACUCUGUUGGAUCGGGCUCGUCGGAUCGCAUCUUCUCGUCCACGGGAGCGAAGACGAUAAGCAGGCGCCGGAAGUCUGUUCGAUUCGUGGCUACUCAGCGAGACCGGCGCCCAGCUCCGUAUCCCGGGAUCCCGAGCGUUCCAAAUCGGCUUUUGAAAUAGUCUGUCCCGGAAACAAAACCCUCCAGUUCAUUGCGAAAAGUCCCGAGGAAAUGGAAGAAUGGCUGAAAGCCAUUAAUCAGACUUGCGCUAAAAGGAGAGACGGUAAACACGACUCCGAGGAUAAAAUCGAGGAAGAAAAGGCGGAGAAUUGUGCGAUGAUCGAGGAAAAAUAUCAAGACGUUGGGGCGAUAAUUUCCCCUCCGAAAAUCAAAGACUCACCGACCUCGUCCGGGGGCAACGUCGAACACGAGAAAAUCGAAACUGGCCGAAACUCUUUGGUUCUCACCGCGAUCCCACCGCCGACACUUCCGGUCCGAGCGACCCCUCGACGACUUCCGUCUCUCCCGAACGAAGAAACUCCCGCAGCGCCCUACGAGCCCCUCGACAACGCUUACGAGGAAGACGACAUUUAUCACAAAAUCGAAGACUUUUGUGAGCACGGACAAAGCUACGAAAACGUUAAAAAGUCGAAAGGAGCCAAAAAAUUCAUCCGGAAAAGGAAACGCAAGCAAAAAACUCAGUCGGAAACCUACGACGACGUUGAGAGCAAAAGAUCUAGCAAAAAGUGUGAAGAAAACGGAGAAACAUACGACGACGUGAGCUCGACAAUGAAGCAGCCGAACAAGUCCGAUCUCAGAGACAGCGUCGCUAAAUCCUCGAGAAAAAAUCUUUUCGCUAAUGCAGAAAACAGAAGGAGCAGAGAGGACGAAAAUAGCGAGAGCUACGACGACGUGUUCCAGUCCUCGGCGUCCCUGAAAGCCAGCUUUUCCGGUGAAAAGCUGAAAAGUGUAGAGUCUAAAAAACCGAAAUCCGAGCAAUCGGUAACGGAGAAAAAAUCGUCCAGGAUUGAGAAAAGUUCGGCCAAGUCGUUGAAGAGCGUUGGAAGAGUGGAAAAAACUUGCCAAAAGUCGGACAAAACUCCUGACAAGGGUCUAACGAAAUCCCCGAGCAAAAGGUCGUUCUUGGACCGUGUGAGGAACCGAAAAGAUUCGCCGAAAAAAGAUGACAAAAAAAAGGAAAAUGCAAGCGAGCCAAAAGUCGAAAAAAUCUCUUCGGAAAUGAAAAAGCCUUCGGAGCCUCGGAUGGUGCAGAAUGAAAGCGCGGAUUUACCGAUGUACGACGACGUCUCGGAACUCGUUACCGACACGACGUAUUCGCCGAACGGAAACGCCCGAUCGAGUCGCCUUUCGAUCCACGUCGACGAAGCUUCUACUUACAAUUGUCCUCCGCCACCGAGGCCCAUUUACUCGAGACCUCCGAGCCCUGUGCUCGUACAAGCGGUUAAGAAUAUCGAUAAUUCUUCAGAGAUUUACGACGACAUUGAAAAUUAUCGUGAAAAAAACGAAAAAGCGACGGUUCUUCCAAGUGGAAUUGAAAAUUUCGGAGCUGAAAGUAUCGCUGAUGAAAAAACUGAGCGAAGAGCAUCGGGGACUGAGAAGUUGAAGAAAAUCGAAAUAAAUUGUUCGAAUAUAUACUCGAUCGAAGAAAUUCCACGCGCUUCCAUCGUCGAACGAAACAAAAACGAAAUGCCCUUCGACUGCGAACACUACCAAAUUCCACGAGGCGAUUCCCUACAAGUUCACUUUAUUCCCCAGCCGGAUGAACAAUUGUACGACGAUAUAGCGAUCGCAGACUUUCGUACGAAGCAAAACGAUCAGAUCGCAACUUCCGCUAGUCAAAAUCAUUUCGCCGCGACGACUGCGCCAGAAAGGCCUCCAAUUAGUACAAAAAAAUCUUGGAAUCGUUUCGGUAGCGUUAAAAAAAUAUCUUCUCGUGAAAAUACUUUGCCUCAAAGCUCAACAACGAAAAAUAAAUCCUCCCUCGAUCUCGAUUAUUGCCCUCCCGAUCACGUACUUCCGGUUACCGAUAAACCGGAAACUGCCAAACUCAACAAGCUCCAAAAACUCAUUAAUAAAAUGGAAACGACGCUCGGGAAACAAUCGUCCACCAAAUCUUCCGCAGCCUUGAGCAAAACUAAUGAAUAAUUUAUUACUUAUUGAGAUCGCAUCGUUCUUUAGAAUGCUGUUUUCCAAAUAGCUUUUUACAAUAUAACAAAUUUAAAACUGCUGAAAGUUUCGUGCUCAAAUAUUGUCCGCGUAUUCAAUUAGCUUCAGAAAAACCUACAAGAUUUUUCCACCAAAGAAAUUAUGGAGGACUUCAAGGGAAAAGAGCACCGAAAUGUGUGUUACACGAAAUCGUUAGACUUGUAAAAACAUUACAGUGGAUCGGUAAGGGAUGGACUUUCCAGGGGACGAAGUUUCCGGGGUUGAUUGCAUGGGCACAGAAUUGAGUCGAAAUGGAUCUUUGUAUAUUUUGCAAGACCCGUAGAUCGAUGGAAAAACAGAAAAAGUAAUAAUGAAAUCUCAUUUUAUUGUGCUUUCGCAGGACUUGUAAGUAUUUCUGAAAAAUUCAUGAACAGGAACCGAAAAUUUUCAAGGGAAAAGCCAAAUUUGAUUGUUUUAUUCUGAAAGUUACCUCUGAAAACAGCGAUCUAGACGGUAAUACAGCUUCAAUUUGUUUACGGGUCGUCCAAAAACUUUGUAUUUGUGUGUCCACUUUGGCAUUUUAUUAUUGUAAUACUUGUGAUAAAAAAUAAUAAUUAUAAUACGUUAUAUGUAGAGCAAUGAAUAAAAAUCAUUUUAUACGAUUCUUA